AUCCUAAUGGAGGCUUUUAUUAUCUGUUCAAAAAUGGGGUGGUGGGAAUUCCUCUCUCAUGCACUUAUGUUACCUGUGAACAACUCAUUUGCUCUGAAUUCUCGGGAUUUUAUUAGCGGUCUGCCAUAUUUUUAGUGCCCUUUUUACUGACUCUUGUGUUGCCUCCUCUAGGGGUCUAUAGAAAGUCCAUGCAGUAGUCUGUCCUAGUUCUCAUUUGGGUUGUUCAAAAAUGUGCUCAACCUCUGGCAGUAUUCAUGUUAUUAACUUUAUACAGAAGAAAAAAGGGUCCUGCUCCAAGCCAGGGAAAGACAACGCUGUUGAGCCCACCAAAUUAUCAUCAUUAGCAGAUCAGCAGCAAAAGCCCUACCUGCAGUUAGAGGCAUUGCAUGAGGAUUCAAAAGAGAAGGGUGAAGAACAUGAUGAUCAUGGUGAUCAGAAGAAAAUAAAAGUUGUGGAGAGUGUGAUGGAUGAGAUUUUUUCUACUAUUUAUAGGCUGAAGAUCUCCUACACCCAGUUGCAGGCAGCCCAUGUUCCUUACAAUGAGGAAAAACUGCAGAUUGCAGACAAGGGUGUUAUUAAGGAGCUAAAGAGGCUUUCUGAGCUGAAGCAUUAUUACAAUGAAAAUGUUGCCAGAUUGUGUAUUGGAUUUAAGGAUGAAGGAUCAUCAAAAUCUGCUGUGGAGGACAAAGAGAUGGAGAUCAAGACCCUGAAAAGUGCCUUGGAAAAAGUUACCUUGAAAAAACAGGAGCUGCAAAAGAGGGUGAAGAGGAUUCAGAAAGAAAGUUUCAAUGAUGGGCCAAUAGUAAAAUUGCUGGAGUUCAAUAUGCACAAUGCCAGAGAAUCUGCAAAGAGUUUUACAGAGUGUUUGAUGUCUUUUAUGAAGCAUGCAAAGUGGGAUCUGGAAGCAGCGGCCAAUUCUAUAGAACCAGGAGUAAAGUACUCCAAUCCUGCCCACAGGAAGCUUGCAUUUGAGUCUUAUAUCUGCAUGAAAAUGUUCCAGGGAUUCGAGAACGAGACCUUUUAUCUCACAGGCUCUCUGUCUUGCAUUGUGAAUGUUGAGAAACACAGGAAGGAGUGCUUUCAAGAGUUUCAGAGCAUGCAGAAUGUGGAGCCUUUAGAAAUGGUGUCUGUAAUGCCAGAUUGCUUGUUUGGGAAGUUUUGUCUGAAAAAGUUUUUGGAGAUAGUACAUCACAAAAUGGAAUCAUCCUUCUUUGGGAACUUUGAGCACAGGAACCAGAUUCUCAAUGGUGUGCACCCAAGAAGCCCUUUUUACUCUGUUUUCUUAAAGUUUGCCAAAUCUGUCUGGUUGCUUCAUAAACUUUCAUUUUCAUUAGAUCCACCUGCCUCUGUAUUUUUCAUAAGGGGAGGGGAAGAAUUCAAUGGACUAUAUAUGGAAAAUCUAGCAGAAUUCAAUGUAUUGAAUAUGGAAAAUCCAGAUUCUGAGCCCAACACUGAAAAGGAUAACAGCAACCAGAUUAUGAAGCUGAAGGAAACUAGUAAAAAUGUGGGAUUUACAGUCAUGCCAGGGUUCAGACAUAGCAACAAGAUUCUUCUUAGAGGCCUAGUCUAUGCACCAACUAUAACUGCUGAUUCCCUGGUAACAUGAGCAUAUUUUACUGGUUUUUUUCUCUGGGACACCAUGUUUUUCUGGUGGGUUUUGCAGUAGUUUCUCCAGUGUAAAUGCUUUGACAUUGAAUUAGUUGUGGGAUGUACAAUUUAUUAAUGAAUAACAGAAGAAAUGUAUGGGCCAGCCUUAUGUCCAUUAUAGAAGCCUGAAUUUCUGUCAGGCUUUAAGACACUUUGCAGGUAUAUCCGUCUGUAAGCAAUUUUGGUUGGGAAUCGGAAUUAUUUACUGGGAAGCCGAUCGAGAAUUUUUUGGCUCGAUUCUUACGCAUUCUAAAUAAAGUUCAAGAUUUGUUAAGUUA